GAAUACUGAAGAUGAAGCUAGAACUUUGAAUCCUGAUGGAGUUAUGCAGACAUUGACUGCUGCAGGGUUAUGAUGAGAGAGGGAUAUACACAGAUAAGACAUGCUGAAAAGAAGGGACAUCUUAGCACUCUUUUUUAUUUUAUUACAGUGGACUUUACUGAUCACAUUUUGGCACCAGCGUGCUGGCUACCCGUUGAUUCCAGUUCCUAAAGGGAUGAAGUAUGUCCACCAGCGCCCUCCACCCUGGUCUGACACAUUGCCAACUCUUCACGUAAUAACGCCAACGUACGGUAGACCCGUCCAGAAGGCUGAGUUGACCCGGCUCACUAACACCCUCCUGCACGUCCCCAACCUUCAUUGGCUGGUGGUGGAGGACUCAGUGCAGAGGACAGCGCUGGUGUCCAGAUUGCUAGAGAACACGGGACUGAAUUACACCCACUUGAACGUAGAGACGCCUGAGAAUCUCAAGACACAAAAGAAGCCCAGAAAUGUACGUUUCCCACGAGGCACCAUGCAGAGGAACCUGGCUCUGCGCUGGCUCAGGGAACACAUCAAUCCAAACUCCAGUCAUAAAGGAGUCGUGUAUUUUGCAGAUGAUGAUAAUACUUACAGCUUGGAGCUGUUUGAGGAGAUGCGUUGGACUCUUAAAGUGUCAGUCUGGCCUGUCGCCUUCACUGGAGGUCUCUUGUAUGAAUCGCCCAAAAUCAACUCUCAAGGCAAAGUGUUCGGCUGGAAGACGGUGUUUGACCCUCGACGACCUUUUGCCAUUGACAUGGCCGGGUUUGCCGUGAACCUUCAGCUCAUCCUCAGCAAACCUCAAGCCUGCUUUAAGUUAAAAGGGGUUAAAGGUGGAUACCAGGAAAGUAGUCUGCUACAGGGCCUGGUCACCCUCAGUGACCUGGAACCCAAAGCCGCCAACUGCACAAAGAUACUGGUUUGGCAUACCCGGACAGAAAGACCCUUGCUUGUAAAUGAAGGAAAAAAGGGAUUCACGAGUGGCAGCAUGGAAGUAUGAUGAACUACUUUCAUGAUGUUUUUAAACCCUGGAACAGAAGUAAUAAAACGUAUUGUUUAUUGCACUGAAUGUAAACUAUCGGAGACACACUAAAGUAUAAAUGACUUAGGCUGGAAUACACU